AUGGCAUCCUCAACACUAAACCACGUCAUCGACCACACCACCCUACCACGCCUUCAAAGUCUAGUAAAAAAGCUAUGCGACGCGUCUCCCUCAGCACGAGCUCUAGUCGAGCAAGAGCUUCUAGACUCCUCCUCCACAAAUAUCAUCGAUCUUACAGUCGACUAUGAAGCACCAACAACUCAAACAGACACUGCAAGUGUCAAGAGACAACGCUAUGUCAUGUGCAAACACUGCAAGGAGGAAUUCGACGUCACUGAUAAUGGAGAAGAAGAUUGUCAAUACCAUGAUGAAAACCUAGAAAUUUAUUGGGAAGGCGAUUUCUGGGCCGAUCACGACGAAGAUUGUCAUGGCACGAUUGAUCUUGAUCUUGCCGAAGAGUUUCCUGAAGGCUUUGUAUGGACGUGCUGCAUGGAAAAUGGUGAACAUGAAGGGUGUAAGAUUGGUCCACAUGAGGUCGAUGAGAGGUAUAAACCAGAAGAAGUCAAGAGGAAGAGGAUAUGGGAAUGA